AUGACAGCACUCUUCCACGAAACGCCCGUUGUGUAUGCAGAUGAUGAAGGCAAGAGUUUGGGUGACCACAGGAAGAAAAGGAAGUUAACCCUGCUCAUUUCUCCAACCACCAAAGUGUCCAGAGAUGUCUCAUCUGGAGACGAAAGCCAGCAUGGUGCAGAGAGCCCCCGCGAGAAGGAUACGGCCCCUACUCCAAUAAGCGGCUCCUUCCGGCCUGGGCCCCGCGGCCACAUCCGCCAUCUUGAAACAACCGCCACUCCCAGCGUCCCUCCGCCCAGCCACGCCCCCCGCCCGCGCUCCUCGCUCCCCAUUGGCCACCCCCGCCCCAGCUUUGCCCAGAUACGGCGCAGGCCAACGAACCAGCCUAUCGCCGCCUCGCCCGGAAGACCCGAGGAAAGCGCCAGGGUGCUGAGGAUGGAGGAGAAGGUUGUGCGGGGCAGCAUCAAGCCCUACCUGGACAAGCUCACCCUGGGGGUCACCCGCAUCUUAGAAGCUUCCCCGGGAGUGACCGAAGUGACGUUCGUAGAAAAGGAGCCAGCGGAGCGGUACACCAUUAUUUCAUGGGAGCAGAAGAAUGGUUGUGUGCUGCCGGAGGACUUGAAGAAUUUCUACCUGAUGAUGGAUGGAUUCCACUUGACUUGGAGCGUGAAGAUGGACGAUAACCCCAUGCCCCUGGGCUCCAUGACGAUCAACAGCAUCUCCAAGUUGAACCGCCUGGGUGCUGCGCCAGCUUACGCCCUGCCCAACGCGCCGACCCUUGCUGACUUGGAGGACACCGAUGAGGAAGAAGGACUCUGGACUAACGUUUUCAUCUCCCUUUCCCACCCCCUAGAAAAAGGAAACCAGGACCAUCCAGAGAAGCCUCACUUAGACUCCCGAAGUCUGAUCUUUGAACUGGACCCAUGCGGGGGAAACGGGAAAGUCUGCCUCGUAUAUAAGAACACCAAACCCGUCGUCGCUCCAGAUUCUGAGAUCUGGUUUCUGGACAGAGCCCUCUACUGGCAUUUCCUGACCAAAACCUUCACCGCUUACUAUCGACUCCUGAUCACCCACCUCGGCCUGCCCCAGUGGCAGUACGCCUUCACCAGCUAUGGGAUCAGCCCUCAGGCAAAGCAAUGGUUCAACAUGUACAAACCCAUCACCGUCAACACGGCGCAGCUCUCGUCGGAGGCCGACACUUUUGUGAACAAGCUGGACCCCAACAAGGUGUUCAAAAGCAAGAACAAGACGCCGCUCCUCAAGAAGAAGCUGCCCUCCCAGCCGGCCGUCUCCCAGAAAGGCCAAACGGGGGCGGCCUCCAAGAGCCCAUCGCAGGCCGGAAGCUCUUCGAGGAGAUGA